GUGCAAAAAUCGGCGUCAUUUUUAGAGCCUCGACACCAGCUCAACACAGGACCCUAUGGGAGACGGUGAAGUAGCGGAAGCAAUAAAUAGAGCGCUCUAAUUUUAGCUUAUUUCCCUGUAGUGUCACCGACUGAUAUGAUUGAUUCAGUAGGUUCAGUCAGGAAGGCAUCAGUAGGUGCCAGUGAGCCCUGGCCGCGCCGUCGCCGGCCGGCAUGGUACACACGCGUGGCCAGCCGCGGUUCACGGAGGGCGAGCGCGUGCUCUGCUACGAGCCCGACACCAGCAAGGCGCAGGUGCUCUACGAGGCCAAGGUGCUGGAGGUUGCGGAGAGGAGGGACAGGAAUGGACGGCGAACGAUUGAGUGCCUGGUGCAUUUUCAGGGCUGGAAUUCGGGCUGGGACCGGUACGUAGCCGAGGACCAAAUCCUGGAGUACAGCGAGGCCAACCGGCGGCUGCAACGCUCGCUCGCCGAGAGGUUCCUGCCGCCCGGGGUGGUGGACCGGCGCCGGUACAGCGCCGCCGACAGCCAGCACUCGUCGACGGGCGGCUGCUCGGCGCCGCCCUCGGAGGUCGCGAGCGGAGACGAGUCCGAGGACGAGGCGGUCUCGCCGGCCGCCGCGCACGUCGAGAUGCCGGCCGCGCUGCGCCGCCGGCUCGACGACGACUACUACUACGUCAACAAGUACCACAAGCUGCCGCAGCUGCCGUGUGAGCCGACCGUGGUGGCCGUCCUCGAAGCGUACGUCCAGCACUGGCAGCAGACGGGCAGCCGGCGCCCCUCCACCGGCGGCCGCGGCAAGAGCCGGGACCCCGACUGGGAGGUCAGCGCGCGCAGUCUGAAUCUCUGCAAGGAGGUGGUGGACGGCCUGCGGAUCACCUUUGAUCACGUGCUGGAACUUCAGCUUCUGUACGCGGCCGAGAGGGAGCAGCACGGUCGGCUGCUGCGGCCCGCCUCGCCGGCCAGUGACGGGCCGGCGCGCACCCGGCACGCCUCGGCCCGCUCGGACCGCACCGACGAGUCGGCGUCCCGGAUGACUCUGCGCUCGCGCCGGCCCACGCGUGACUCUGAGUCAACUGAGCGGGAGUGCGCCGCCAGCUCGGGCGACGAGCAGCCGGACUCCAAACGCAGGCCGUUCAGCGUGGAGUCGACCGAAUCGGCGCGCGCGCGCUGGUCGCUGCUGCCACCUGGCGAGCUGUCGAGGAGUCCGCCGCUGCCGUGCUGCGUGUACGGGGCCAUCCACCUGCUGCGUCUGAUGGCGCUGCUGCCCAACAUCCUGCUGCAGAUGCGCAUGUCGGAGCGCAAGCUGAACCUAGUGACGCACCACUCGGCGCUGCUGCUCGACUUUCUGCAGGAGAGCGCCGAGCAGCUGUUCACGCGCACGCAGUACCGGUAGGUGGUACCCGGCCGCGCCGCCGCCCAGCCGCGGCUCAGCACCAGGCGCACAGUGUGCUGAGGACAGGUUUUAGUGGUCAGAGCGGGCGGCGCACAGUGCUGCGGAUGGUGUGAGGGGCAGCGGGCUGCGCAGUGUUUGUGGGUGUACAGUGGCUCUGUGGGAUUGUGUGUCGUACCAACAUGUGUUUGCAUUCAUGAUCAAAGUCAAGUGUUUAUGUGCUGAUAGACGUAAUAAAUGGUAUGUUUUUUUCAACUUUAA